CCUAUUUAAAUGCCUUGAUCCCGGCGGUGGAAGAGCAUCGACAAACACAGCAAACGAAAUUCCAAUUCUAUCAAUCUCAGGUAUCAGUUUCAGCAAUUCUACUAUCUAAUUCACCAACAACGACGAUGGCGUUGAUUCCAAGCAUUUUUGGUGGGCGCCGGAGCAACGUCUUCGAUCCCUUCUCCUUAGACGUUUGGGAUCCUUUCGAAGGCUUCCCAUUUUCAAGCUCUCUGGCCAACGUCCCCUCCUCUGCUCGCGAGACCUCUGCUUUUGCCAACACCCGCAUCGACUGGAAGGAGACCCCAGAAGCCCACGUGUUCAAGGCGGAUCUUCCAGGGAUCAAAAAGGAGGAAGUGAAGGUUGAAAUUGAGGAAGGGGGAGUUCUGCAGAUCAGCGGAGAGAGAAGCAAAGAGCAGGAGGAGAAGAACGACAAGUGGCAUAGAAUUGAACGAAGCAGUGGGAAGUUCAUGAGGAGAUUCAGGCUGCCUGAGAAUGCGAAAGUAGAAGAAGUGAAGGCCAACAUGGAGAAUGGGGUGCUGACGGUGACGGUGCCCAAAAUGGAAGUGAAGAAGCCAGAAAUGAAGAGCAUUGAAAUCUCUGGUUAGAAGGAGGGCGAGUGUUGUGCAUCUGCCCAUGUUGGUGAGGAGUUCGUAUGAAUGUUGUUAAAUAAAUCGUCAAAAUUGAGUUUUUAUGUAUUUUGCGAGUGUGAAAAGAUGAAAAAUGAUAGAUGUAAUCAUCUAAGUAAUGGAAUGUAAUCAUGUUUAUGUUUAUUUAUACUUUAAAAGUGUGU